UAAAGUCGUCUAAAUGGGGCAGAGGUUGCUCUAGCUUCCCUAUUGUGAGAUUAAUCCUUAAUCCCAGUCCAUCUAGUCAGAAAAAUAUGGACUUAAAGGAUAUAAAAAGGGAAGAGGAUGAAAUCCUCUACUAUGGGAUUCACGGAGGUGUAAAGGAAGAAUUUGUGAAGGAGGAAUACGUGAUAACGGAAGUGGAGGAGAAUGUAGCAAUCUCAGAGCUUCCUGUUAAAGAAGAAACUUCCCAAGGAAGCUCCCAAAGUAUUAAAAUUCAAUCUCAAUGCGCAAGGAAGAAGGCCAGGGAGGAGAGGAUAUUCCAAUGCAUGGAAUGCUUGAAGAUUCUAAGUAGUAAAGGUCGUUUGAAGAAUCAUUUGAGGGUACACAUGGAGAGUCAGGAUAUUCCAUGCUUUGUCUGCGGAAAGACCUUCCGGGAUGAGCAGUGCCUGAAGCAGCACAUGAAGGUACACGAUGAAGGGAGGAAUUAUCAAUGUAGAACCUGCGGGAGGUGCUACAAGACACAAAAGGGGCUUCAAUACCAUCGGAAUCACAAUUGUCGCAAGCUCCAUCGUGUUCUGGAAUCCACAACUGUUGCAACAGCAGCAUCAGUGGUGGGAGAGAUAAACUACCAAUGCGCUCAUUGCAAUAAAAUCUUCAUGCAGAAACCCUCAAUCACGCUGCACAUGAAUCGUCAUCGGACCCAAUUACUCCCCUGCAGCGUCUGCGGGAAGAUUCUCCGAUCACGUGAGAGCUACUCUGUGCACAUGAAAGAUCACGCAGCAAAGGAAAAUGCAUGCCCAGUGUGCCCCAAAGUUUUCCCCGAUCGAUGGAGGCUCAAACAACACCUCAUCGUCCACACAAGGCAAGGUAUCCUGGAGCCCCCACAAUGCUCCGUCGUGGAGUCCUCCCUCAGCCAAUUCCCCUGUGGUCAGUGCAAUCAAGUUUUCAUGCGAAAAAUGGACCUGAUGAAGCAUUUAACAUCACACGACAUUACAAGGACAUUUGAGUGCACGUACUGCCGGAUGAAAUUCACAACAGUGUCCAAUCUCACGAAUCACGUGAAGACACACACAGCAAAGAAAUCCUUUCCCUGCCCAACGUGCGGGAAGACAUUCCGUGAGAGAAGGGGAUUGAAUUAUCACAGAAAAACCCAUUCAGAGGCCCAAAAAUGCAUCCAUUGUGGGAAGGAAGCCAAAAAUAGAGGAGCUCUGAUGGUUCAUUUUGAGAAAUUCCACCGAGGGCUACCCCUGGAGGUCAAAGUUGGAGCAAUUUCAUGCACAAUCUGUGAAGAGAUUUAUGAAAAUCUGGAGGAUCUCAAGGAGCACGUUAAGAUCCACAAACAAUUGGAAUGUGAGAAAUGCAAAUAUGUGUUUAGAAGGGAAGAAGAUCUCUGGAGGCAUGUUGAAGGUUAUCACAAUGAUUCCAAGGACAAGUACAUUGUUGUGAGAGUCACAACGGCGAAUGGAAAAAAUUUCCGGCCAUCCGUGGGGGAUUUAACGGAGAGCCUCAAGGGGAUUUGUCUCAAGAGCUAUGGGGACGUUGGCAUGGCAUCCGUUCAAAGUCUCAAGAUCAAGUAUAUCGAUGAGAUUUCGCCGAUAUUUAUCAUGAGAUUGCGGCAUGGAAGUCAUCGAUUUAUGACCAGCAGUCUCCCUCUGCUCAAGCAGAUUGAGAGGAAUCUUCUUAAAUUGGAUUGUUUAUUCACAACGAGCACCAUUAAGAGGUGCUACAUGUUCCUUGUUGAGAAUUCAGAGAAGAUUUUGCUUCCUCAAAAAAAGAUUAUGGAGGAAAAUUCAUUGGAAUUAAUGGAAUUAAUUGAUGAAUUCCUUCGGGAUUCCCUGGAGUUGGGAGAGGGUGAGAAAGUGCUUUGUCACAUUUGCGGUGAGAGGUGCACCGAGGCCAUGCUUGAGGUUCAUCUUGAGAGUCACACUGACACCCCCGCGACGACCAGGAGUCUCAAGUGUUGCUGCCUCUUCUGCUCGAGGAUGUGCUCAAGCAGCGGUGACAUGAAUGACCAUCUAUCGUGGCACAUGAGGGAUCUUCUUGUUGAUUUGGAAUUUUGCGAGGAGUUCAGCAGAGGAUUCCUCGAUGUUGCGGAAGUUGAGGGAUUUUUCCACACAGAAGGAAAAUCAUCUGAAGGGAAGAAAACUUUGCCGCCGCUGCGAAGCAAUGAAGUGACUCAGUGUGAAAUUUGUGGGAAACUCCUCCUGAAAUCCUCCGUUGGAAGUCAUCUGCGGACACGACAUUGCCCAGAGAAGCCAUUUGAGUGCGAAAAAUGCGGGAGAAAGUACAAAUCUCGGGGAUCCCUGAAGGUACACGCGGAGAUUCACAGAGAUAGAAAAAAAUCCUGGAUUUGUGAGAAAUGCGGGAGUUCUUUUUACAAUGGAAAAUCCCUCCUGGCACACACGAGGAGACUUCAUGGUGAUGCAACAGAGCAAAAAUUCCUCUGCCCCGUGUGCGGGAAGUCCUUUAGAACGACAAAUGAUGUAAAAUAUCAUCGGGAAGUUGUUCAUCUCACGCUGGAGAAGAGAUUCAAGUGCAAAAUGUGCUGCUUGUCCUUCAAGGGACAUCAAGGAUUGCAUCGGCAUGAGGCAAAGCACAAAAUUGGGGAGAUUUUUCACUACAAAUGCUCCUUUUGUGAUGUUAAAUUCUCCAAGGAAGCUCCGUGGAGGCGUCACGAGGAAAUUUGCAGUGGUCAGAUGAAGUAUGAGUGCAAGUACUGCCGGGAAAGCUUUGCCACCUAUGUGAGACUAAGGGGGCACCGUAGGAGGGUUCAUCAGGAGAAAAUUCGCAAAAGGAAAGCUCGAAAAUGAAGAUUAAAGUUUUGGAUUUAAUAAUAAAAA